UCUCUCUCUCUCUCUCUCUCUCUCUCUCUCUCUCUCUCUCUCUCUCUCUCUCUGUGUGUUUAUAUAUAGACGUGUGUGGAUAUCAAUCAUAGAAAUUGGUAAAGAAAGGAAAGAGCAUCAAGAACGUGUGUUUAUGCAUAGGAUAAUCAGCAGUUGCUCAAUUUUGCUGGUUUUGGCUUGUGAUCAUGAGAGAUACGAAGGAGAAGGAAGAAGAAGAUGAUCGCAAGAUGCUGAAGCUACCGCCUGGGUUUCGGUUCUCACCGACGGACGAAGAACUCGUCCUUCACUUUCUGCAUCCUAAGAAGCAGCCGGCCUCUGUGUCUCCACUCUAUGAUCACUUAGUCCCUGAUCUCAAGUCUCACCACCAUGAUCCUUGGGACCUCCAUGGAAAGGCGCUGUGGAAUGGAACCCAAUACUUCUAUUUCAGUAGAAUGAUGAACAAUCGAAUUACGGAAAAUGGGUAUUGGAAAGAUCUGGACAUGGAAGAGCCAGUGUUUAGUGAAGCUGGAGAAGUUAUAGGAAUCAAGAAAUCUCUGACUUUCCACAUUGGAGAGGCUCCAACAGGUCAAGAAACAAAUUGGGUGAUGCAGGAGUAUCAUCUCAUGUCCUUCAAUCAAUUGACCAAUCCAAGACAAGAACAUGGUUCGCCGGUUCUGUCUCGAGUUCACGAAUGCAAGACAAGCCAUGGACAAAGCUUUUGCUCGGGAGGAGAUGAUAAAAGCGAGACUGAACUCUCGUCCAUGGACGAGAUGUUUUUGUCUUUAGACGACGAUCUUGAUGAUAUAAGUUCGGGAGAUUAAGUAUACCUGUUCGUAUUGUACAUUCAAACGUAUUCAUACGCAUGAUAUGCACAUAAACUAUAUGAGGCUAAUUGUGCGGACCGUUGUCAGCGUGCUAGCAAGUUAAUUUAGUAGUUGUACACAUAUGGUCUUCUUUUCUAAAUUCUUGCCCUACCCAAACUUACACUGUUGAGCUAACCA